AAUAUAAUUUAUUUUAAUUUUCAGAGAAUCAUCUAGGAACUCAACAUGUCUGAUGUAGAGGGAGAUGAUGUUCCUGUCGCCGCUGCUGCCCCCGUCUCCACCGGGCCCAUGGACAUCAAUACCGCCAUUCAGGAGGUACUAAAGCAAGCCUUGAUUGCUGAUGGUUUAGCGCGUGGUCUGCGUGAGUCCGCUAAAGCGCUUGAUAAACGUCAAGCUCUUCUGUGCGUGCUCAGUGAGAACUGCGACGAGCCUAUGUACAAGAAGUUGGUGAGCGCUCUCUGCAUGGAGCACAACAUUCCACUCAUCAAGGUUGACUCCAACAUGAAGCUGGGUGAGUGGUCAGGUUUGUGUAAGAUUGACCAGGAGGGAAACGCCAGGAAGGUUGUCAAGUGUUCCUGUGCUGUUGUGAGGAACUGGGGACUAGAGACUCCAGCUCAUCAUGUUCUGCAGGAGUACCUGAAGUCCCAGUAAGCGAGCUGCUGAACGAUUAGGAUCUACAAUAUUCGAUCCUAACUCUUCUUUCUGAAGUUUAAUGUUUUUUACUUUCAGA